AUGCCUACACUCGAGACAUACAAUGGGUACCCGCUCUGGCGGUAUAUCCCGAGCCUUCCAGCGGCCAUCAUCUUUGUUGUCAUAUUUGCAAUUCUUACUGGAUUACACAUGUGGAAGAUGUUCCGGCAUCGCAUGUGGUUUUGCAUCCCUUUUGUAAUUGGCGGAAUCUUCGAAGUAAUAGGCUACAUUGGCAGAGCGGCAGCAUACAACGCCACCGGCCAGCUCAUCCCCUACAUCCUGCAGUCCAUCUUCCUCCUCCUGGGCCCGAUCCUCUUCGCCGCGACCCUUUACAUGACGCUGAGCCGCAUCAUCCGCGCCGUCGACGGCGCCCAGUUCUCCCUCAUCCGCCUCAACUGGCUCACCCGCGUCUUCGUUUUCGGCGACGUCUUCAGCUUCCUCAUCCAGUCCAGCGGCGCCGGGCUCCGCGUCCGGGCCAGUUCCGGGGACGGCAAGUCGAGCCCGAACAUGGGGACCAACAUCAUCGUGGGCGGCCUCAUCUUCCAGAUCGUCAUCUUCAGCCUCUACAUCGCCGCCGGCGUCGUGUUCAACGUCCGCUUCAAGAACCACUCGGCCUCGGCGAGGGUGUCGCACGUCCCCUGGCAGGAAAACCUGGUCAUGCUGUACGUGACCUCGGCCUUUGUCAUGGUCAGGAACAUCUUCCGCGUUGCCGAGUACGCCAUGGGUAGCAGCGGGUAUCUCCUUGGCAUCGAAUGGGGCGUCUACGUGUUUGAUGCGUCGCUCAUGACGCUCACCAUGGCUUGGUUCUUCUGGAGGUAUCCCAGCAGCUUGCAGGAGAGGAACAAGGAGGCUUCCGCAUCCUACUCCUCUUCUGCUUAG